CUUCAAAGAGGCAGCUGCAGUGGAGAAUCAUGUUAAGCUCGGCUACUGCGGAGAGCCCAAGGUAGCCCAAUGAUGGAUUUUGAUGAGCGUGGUCCCUGCUCCUCUAACAUGUAUUUGCCAAGUUGUACUUACUACGUCUCGGGUCCAGAUUUCUCCAGCCUCCCUUCUUUUCUGCCCCAGACCCCGUCUUCGCGCCCAAUGACAUACUCCUACUCCUCCAACCUGCCCCAGGUCCAACCCGUGCGCGAAGUGACCUUCAGAGAGUACGCCAUUGAGCCCGCCACUAAAUGGCACCCCCGCGGCAAUCUGGCCCACUGCUACUCUGCGGAGGAGCUCGUGCACAGAGACUGCCUGCAGGCGCCCAGCGCGGCCGGCGUGCCUGGCGACGUGCUGGCCAAGAGCUCGGCCAACGUCUACCACCACCCCACCCCCGCCGUCUCGUCCAAUUUCUAUAGCACGGUGGGCAGGAACGGCGUCCUGCCACAGGCUUUCGACCAGUUUUUCGAGACGGCCUACGGCACCCCGGAAAACCUCGCCUCCUCGGACUACCCCGGGGACAAGAGCGCUGAGAAAGGGCCCCCAGCGGCCACGGCAACUUCCGCGGCGGCGGCGGCGGCGGCGGCCACGGGCGCGCCGGCAACUUCAAGUUCGGACGGCGGCGGCUGCCGGGAGGCGGCGGCGGCGGCGGCGGCGGCGGCGGCGGUGGAGGAGAAGGAGCGGCGGCGGCGCCCCGAGAGCAGCAGCAGCCCCGAGUCGUCUUCCGGCCACACUGAGGACAAGGCCGGCGGCUCCAGUGGUCAACGCACCCGCAAAAAGCGCUGUCCCUACACCAAAUACCAGAUCCGAGAGCUGGAGCGAGAAUUCUUCUUCAGUGUCUACAUCAACAAAGAGAAGCGCCUGCAACUAUCCCGCAUGCUUAACCUCACUGACCGUCAAGUCAAAAUCUGGUUUCAGAACAGAAGAAUGAAGGAAAAAAAAAUUAAUAGGGACCGUUUACAGUACUACUCAGCUAACCCGCUCCUCUAAGGGUCCAGCCGGCUGGAAUUGGGUGGGGGGGCUUCGUACAUGUGAGAUGAUACGCAGAUUUUGCCCUUGACAAGGUCACACCACAUGGUGACUUUUGAAAAAAAAAAGUGUACAAGAGAGAAGAGGAUACACAAAGAUAACCCAAUAGGAGAGGGUCUGGAACUCUCUUGGUUAAGAUCUCCACGGCUAAAAUUCCUAUUAGUAAUUGGAUUCUGAGAGUUGUGCAUCAACUAGAAUGAAUGGUUUGGGACCCCUGGUGGUUCACUCUAGGAGCCUGCAGAUAUUAGGGCUGGGUGUGGUCUCCACUGGGGACUGGGCCUCCUGCCAGGCCCCCUGGAGCCCCCCCCCAGGACCCUCCUCACAGAGCUUGCCCACCCCCAGGACUCCUAAGUCAACCAUCUGCAGUCCAAGCCCAGUUCCACUUGGGGAGAAGGGCAGGAGGAAAGGAAGGAUUCCCAGAUGCCCCGAGCGGGGCUGCUUUCCAAAGGCAAUGUGAAAGACAGUUGGACUAAGAGGAGGCUGUGAGAUGGGAGAAGGCUUCGGAACCUUGAGGGAAGAGAAGUCUACUAUUCAGGUGGCAUUGCUGUCUUUCCACCCCUCCUAACUACCCACCGCUGUCCCAUCCUAAGCUCCUAGUGGCCACCUUCUACAGCCCACCUGGAUUUUCUUCCUCUCAAAUGAAGAUCUUCAUUCCAGCCUGCCACUCAGGCCUAAAACCUGGUCGCAAAGCCACCGGUUCCCUGAGGUGGAAGACAUUGAAAAAUCCAGAGGCUGUGCGCCCAGGCCGCUGGUCCCUCCAUCUCUGCAGGAAAUGCCUGUGGAGUGCGGCAGUUUGGCAAAGUCUCCACCACAUUUAAUAAAACUUGGAUUUGUUCGAUGUCAGGCAACAGAACAACGGGCCUGGUCAGUGGGUCCUCAGCUAUGGCUAUAAGGGGCUGGAGUUCCCCCAAAAGCCCCGGUUCUGGUGCCGAACUUUGCCCUCAUUGGCUCAGAACUAAGCUUGGAAGCUUCCGGCCACCUUCCAAGAAACUGAGAGUGAUUUGGAAUUAUUUUAAAAGAUAAAUAUUAUAUUAUAUAUAUAUAUUUCCCUGAAGGAACCAAAGCGAAUUUUAAAAGAUGCAAUGUAGAGGGGGGGGGAGAUGAUGAAAAUAUUUAAAGGCUCUAUCUGUUUACAGUGUUCCACGGUUAAACUCGCUCACUGCUAAGAAUAUUUGAAUGUACGCUUCAUACAGGGAUGGUGUUCAAAAGACUUGUAAAUAAAGGAAACAUAA